AAUAACAAUAACAAUAACAAUAACAAUAACAAUAAAAAUAAUGACAAUAACAAUAACAAUAGCAAUAAUAAUAAUAAUAACAAUAACAAUAAUAAUAACAAAAAUAAUAAUAAUAAUAAUAAUAAUAAUAACAAUAACAAUAUCAAUAAUAAUAACAAUAACAAUAACAAUAAUAAUAACUAUAACAAUAAAAAUAACAAUAACAAUAACAAUAACAAUAACAAUAAAAAUAACAAUAACAAUAGCAAUAAUAAUAACAAUAACAAUAACAAUAACAAUAAUAAUAACAAUAAUAGUAAUAACAAUAACAAUUACAAUAACAAUAACAAUAAUAAUAACAAUAACAAUAACAAUAACAAUAACAGUAUCAAUAAUUAUAACAAUAACAAUAACAAUAACAAUAAGAAUAAUAAUAAAAAUAACAAUAGCAAUAAUAAUAACAAUAACAAUAACAAUAACAGUAAUAAUAACAAUAAUAAUAAUAACAAU